CCAAAUAAUUAGUUGUUGUCUAGUGUUGUAAAAAGACAAAUCAAGAAAUUAUUUUCCAUUUUUUGUUUUUAAAUAUUUACUCCGUUUGAUUUGUGUAAAAAUAAAAUAUAUCAAAAACAAAAAUUAUGGAUGAUGUACUAGAUAUUGAAGAUAUCAUCACCAAGCUUAAAUCAUCACUGCCAAUAUGCAGAGUAUGCUUGGACGUUUCCAUGGAAUACAUUGAAUUUGAGGCCACUCUCUGUGUUAUUAAUGGUCAGGAAAUUACUUUUUCCGAAGGUUUCUAUGAACUAUCUCCAAACUAUAAGUAUUUAGAUCAUGAAAAUAUGCCCACAUAUUUUUGUGCAACAUGUGGAAAAGAUCUACUUAAUGCCUAUCUAUUUAUAAAACGCACAGAACGUGCCAAUUAUGCUUUGAACAAAAUCAAAAAUAUUACCAAAGAAAGUUCAUCAAAAUUUGUGGCCAACAACCACAACAACGACAAAGAAGAUAUCAAAGAUCACAAAGAAUUAUAUCCAAGUCCAGAGUCUGAAAAUAAUAGUAAAAUAGAAGAAAUCCUCCCGGACAAAUGUGUUUCCAACAUCUUAGAAACCAAAGAUUCAAUUAAAUUAGAGAACCACGAAGAAGAAUAUGAUUAUGAAGAAAUAUUCACUCACGAAGAAGAAUCUAUGGAAAAAGAAAACUUUGUUCAGCCAGAAAUACAAAUAAAUAGUCAAGAAUUUGAGAAAUGGGAAGUUGAUUGGAAUGUUACAGAUGAUGUAACAACUAUGCUAGUGUGUAAUGAAUGUGGAUUUUUAACCGAAACAGAAGCGGGUUUAAAUAAACACAAAAAUAGCGAACAUGAAAAUGUAGAAAUUGAACUGCUACCAAACAAACUAACUGACUCAAAUUUGUUGUUUCAUGAAUUAUCUGAUACAAAAACAAACCUUGAUCGGGAACAAAAGGAAAGCAAAAAUUACAAGUGCAACAUCUGCUCUUGUACUUUCGAAACAAAGAAAAGCCUUAAUAUUCAUAAUGUACGAACCCACAAAAUAAUCAAAUCGGAUGACCAAAUAGAGCUGGAGGAUGUAAAGUCUCAAGAUUGCAUACAAAUUGUACCUAACAGUCUCAUGGAAACUAGUUCAACGACAAAAAGCAACCAAUAUAAUUGCACUCAUUGUGAAAAAACGUUUCCAACAAAAAUCGCUCUUAAACAUCAUUCCAAUACUCAUUCGAAAAAUCCAAAUCGAUAUAGCUGCCAUAUUUGUGGGAAAUGUUGCUCACGACCAUCCACCUUAAAAAAAACACAUUCAAUUCAAACACAAGCUCGAACGUAAAAAAUACCAAUGCGAAGAAUGUGGCUUAUUCUUUCCGUUCCCAUCGAAUUUAAAAGAACAUCGCAGAAAACACGAUACAAGUAUUCAGUUUCGAUGUACGCAUUGUAAUCGAACAUUUCUACGAA